GAUUUUGUUGCUUAUUCCGGUGAUGAAAGAGCACGAAAGUCGGCUAAGCUUUCCAAAUCUCCAAUUUUCUUUUGUUAACUCAUUUACAUUUACUUCCUUGUGCUUUCCUUCUCCAUAACAUCCGAUCUCCAUCUUUGAUUGCAUUUUUCACAUCUUUGAGCAUUCUGAGUAAUAUCAUAUCCGGAGGGCCAUCAAAUUAAAGGAAUUAGUAUCCCAAGUAUUAAUCACGACAUCAUGUAUGCCACCAAUCAACAACCAGGAACUAUAAAACUUAAACGGGCACCAGAGAGUGAUGCGUCGGAACUUAAAACACUCUUUUCAGCAACAAAUCCACAUUCUGAAAAGCCCUCAAAACCAAAAUCUAAAGCAGCUAAUAAACCCCAAAAAGUACUACUGAUUGAGCAUAGGCGGGCAUUCAACUGUGAAAUCAUUCUUUCAAAGGUGAAGACACCAUUGCCUGGAUUGAUGGAACAUGUCCUUAAUUUGGAUGAAUUAGCAAUGGAUGCUGAUCAGGUGGAUAACCUUAUAAAGUUCUGUCCUACAAAGGAGGAGAUGGAACUACUUAAGGGCUAUAAAGGAGAACCUGAGGCGUUGGGCAAAUGUGAACAGUUCUUCUUAGAGUUAAUGAAAGUUCCACGUUGGGAAUCUAAACUCAGAGUUUUCUUUUAUAAGUUAAAGUUUACUACACUGGUUGCAGAUCAGAUGAAAAACCUAAAUGAUUUAUAUUUAUCAGUAGAACAGCUUAUGAGUUCUGUAAAGCUGAGAAGAGUCUUGCAGAAAGUUCUUUCUCUUAGAAAUGCUUUGAACCUGGGAACUACGAGAGGCGCUGCUGUUGGGUUCAGAUUGGACAGCCUCUUAAUACUUAAUGAAACAUGUGGCAGUAGCAAUAAAAUGACUCUUAUGCAUUAUCUUUGUAAGGUGCUUGCAGACAAACUGCCUGAACUCCUAGACUUUUCCAAGGAUCUUGGCAGCUUGGAGCCCGCAUCAAAGAUACAGAUAAAAAACUUGGCAGAAAAUAUGCAAUUGAUUACAAAAGGAUUUGAGAGAGUAAUCCAAGAAAAGAAAUUGUGUAAAAAUGAUGGACAUGGGUCUAAAAAAUUUCGGAAGUCUCUGAAAACAUUUCUUGCUUCUGCGGAACCUGACAUGAAGUCCAUGGCCUCACUCUUCUCUCAAGUGGGUAAAAGAUUGGAUGGUUUAAUUAUUUACUUUGGAGAAGACCCUAUGAAAUGUCCAUAUGAAAAAGUUGUUGAAACUUUGUUUAAGUUUGUGAGAAUGUUUAAUCAAGCCCGUGAUGAAAACUGCAAGCAAAUAGAGGCGGAGAAAAAGGCAGCACAAAAAGCAGCCGAACAAGAAAGAUUAAAGGCAGAAGAAAACGAAAAGUCAAAAGUACAAAAUCAUUCAAAAAUGGAGUCCGAACUAAUAAGAAAUAAAACUCCUAUAGAAAGUGCUGAAUACUGUUUUUUAUUUUUCCCUUUCUAUAUAAUUAAAAAAUGGUGGAAAAAUAGAAGCGGCGUUCUGGUUGCAGCAGCCAGUGCAUGUGUUCCAGCCUUCUUUGAUGAAAAAAAGGGUAAUGAUCUGGUGUUGAUUGAUGAAGAAGAAGGGUUCCCAUGGUGAAUUUCUGCAAUGUAGAGUUUUUUGCUGCAACUGAUAGUUCUAUAGUUCCGGAGGAUCACCAGAAGGUUAGUCUUCUUUAUCAAACUUUUAUCAAUAACUUGAGAAGAUUUUUCUUCCAUUUAAUUUUAUGAUGAAUUUGAUGUAUUAGUGUUGCAGUUGAGACAGUAAGAUGUAGAAAAUUUUGUAAUAAUUUAGUGUGAUAGCGUCCUAGGUCUCACUGAUUUUGCAGACAAUUAAAGUUAAAUUCUCUUAGAUUUUGUAGUUCUUUUAUGGAACAUGAGACUUCGGAUGAUAAAUGACCACACAUUAUUACAUAUUUGAGUUA